AUUGAGGAUCCAACUCUACUCAACCGCCAUUUCGUUCACGGUGGUCGUUUGAAUGACCAACGAACAUCAACCCCGGUAUUAUGUCAGAAGUCGUCGUGUGAGCCGGGAAAUGAUGCCACUCUUACGGGUCAAGAAGCUCGGAAAUUCUACGAAUCCGUUGUCUGCUCAGAUACAAAAGGUGUGGAAAUACAGACCCAGAAAACGGAACUUCGCCGUUGUGAAAUUUGCCAGUCCUUCAUCCCGGAGACCCCUGAUAUGAUAAAACAACAUUUUUCUUCUCUAAGUCAUCAAGUUGCCGAAAUGGCUGCUAAACCUCAACGUCCAUCUGCAUUGGUCAUUCCACCAAGCAAUCGGGGAUACUGUAUGCUUCGGCGCAUUGGUUGGACCGAUCCAGCGUUUGAUACAAUAGACGGGACAUCUGAUGCUCCAGUCAUUCUGGACAGUGAUGAUUGUGAGCUGGUUAAACAUGUGACUUAUCCCUCUGGUGGUCUUGGAGUUGACGGGAAAGGACGUCGAAAUCCGGUGGCCACCAUUUUAAAACGCGAUAGGUUGGGUUUAGGAUGGCCGAAUGCUAAUUGCAAAUCCAAGGUUACUCAUUUCGCGCCAAAGGAUCCUCUUGCAGUGCGUCAUGUACGAUCUGCUCGACUGGCAGGUAGAUUGGAGCGAGAUCGCCGUCUUCCUGAACGACGAGUUCAGCGCGAUCGUUUUAACGAGCGUCGUAUUCGGGAGCAGCUGUCAUUAAGCGACGAACAGUUUAUGGCACUUUAUGGGUCAGGAUGA